AUGGUAGACGUCAACAUCCAGACCACCAUCGGCCCCUACAAGCAGGAGCCCGUCUGUACCCGCCCCCUCGCGACCGACGAGCAGCUCGACACUGUCAUUGCCGAGGCCGUCAAGGCUCAGAAGUCAUGGAAGAAGGUCCCGAUCGAGCAGCGUGUCGAGAUUGCGGAGAAGUGGGUGUCCGAGAUUGAGAAGCAGGCCGAUCUCCUUGCCGAGGACCUCAGCAUCCAGAUGGGCCGCGCUAUCACUCCCUGGAACUACCCCCACCUCUGCACUGUCAACACUGUCGUCCCCGCCCUCCUGGCCGGAAACGCCGUGAUCAUCAAGCCGGCCCCCCAGACGCCCGUGCCCGCCGAGCGCGUCCUCGAGGCGUUCACCGAGGCGGGUCUCCCGCCCAACGUCCUGCAGGUCGUGCACCUCUCGCAGGAGUCGACUCUGAAGGGCCUCGUCUCGGACCCUCGCGUCGACUACGUCGUGUUCACGGGCAGUGUGGCGGGCGGCCGCGCCGUCGACGAGGCAGCGGCGACGGGACCGGGAUUCAAGGGCGUCGGUCUCGAGCUGGGCGGCAAGGACCCCGCGUACGUCCGUCCCGACGCGGACCUGAAGUACACGGUGGAGAACCUAGUGGACGGGGCGUUCUUCAACUCGGGCCAGAGCUGCUGCGGCAUCGAGCGCAUCUACGUGCACUCGGCAGUGUACGACGAGUUUGUCAAGCAGUUCGUCGCCCUGACAAAGGAGUACAAGCUCGGCGACCCCAUGGACCCUUCCACCACUUUGGGUCCUGUCGUCUCGCUCGCUAGUGCGAAGCGUAUCCGGGCGCAGAUCGCGGACGCGCUCAAGAAGGGCGCCAAGGCACUCGUGUCCGAGGCCGACUUCCCCACAGCGAAAGAGGGCACAACCCUCGUCGGCCCCACGGUCCUCAUAAACGUCGACCACAGCAUGGACAUCAUGGUGGAGGAGACGUUUGGCCCCGCAAUCGGCAUCAUGAAGGUGGAUUCGGACCAGGAGGCGCUCGCGCUCAUGAACGACUCGGCCUACGGGCUCACGGCGAGUGUGUGGACGAAUGGCGCGGAUCCGGCAUCCACGCAGGUGUUCCAUACCUUUGCCGAGGAUCUCGAGACGGGCACGGUGUACAUGAACCGCGCGGAUGCGCUCGACCCCGCCCUCCCCUGGGCGGGGGUUAAGGACUCGGGACGCGGCCUCAGUCUCAGCGCCAUGGGGUACGACCACCUCACCCGCGCCAAGAGCGUUAUGAUGAGGGUGCGCACGGACUGA